GUGGUGUUGUACUCUGUAUAUAUAUGAGCUGAAGAUCAAUACAAACUGUGCGUUCAGUCUCUACAUGGUAUCAGAUACUUCCACGAUCUCCUUCCUCGCUUCCGCCCCUCGAUGGAUUUCUCUGACCUCUCCUCCGCCGGCUCCGGCUCCGGCUCCGGCCCCGGCACAAACCCCUUCGGCGAUCCACCCUCUGCCAGCCCCUCCGUGCCUCUCCACCUCAUCCUCUCUCUCAACAUAGCCUCCGCCGUGCCCGUCACCCUUGAGCUGCACCCCCCGAACUACACCACCUGGAGCUCCUUCCUCCAUGCCCUUCUCAUGUCCUACAACAUCCAGGACCAUGUCAAUGGCACUGUCGACGCCCGGAACCGGCUCACCGACGCCGUCUGGACGCAGGUCGACUGGUGUAUCAUCCGAUGGCUUCUCGGCUCCAUCUCCGCCCAAGUUCGGGGCGCGGUCAGCCACCGGAACCCCACGGCGUACACGCUCUGGACGGCGAGCCGGUAGCUCUUCCUCUCCAAUCGGAAUCAGCAGGGCAUUCUCGCUCUGGAGGAGUUCCACGGCCUGCAUCAAAACGACCUCUCCAUCACCGAUUACUUCACCCGCCUCCAGACCCUCGCCGACACGCUCUUCGACUGCGGGAUGGCGGUGACCGACCGCGGCCUCGUCUCCAACAUGAUCCGCGGGCUCUCCAACAAGUUUGCCCACGCCAUCUCUACCAUGACGUACGACGAUUCCAAGCUGCCCACGUUCCUGCAAGCACGCACUUAUCUUCUCCAGGAAGAGCGCCGCAUCGAUCACGCCGCCUCCCACGAGUCCGCGACUGCGCUCUACGCCGGGCGCCUUCUGCCUCCACCGCCUGCUACCACUUCUGCUCCGCCAUCUGCUGUGCCCUACCCAUCUAGUGGCAACGGCGCCCAUGGCGUCCCAGGCGGCGCCAGUGGUCAUGCGGGCAACGGCGGCGGGCAGCGCGGCCGCAAGCGCCGCAAGGGCGGCAACGGCGGCGGCCAAGGUGGCCAUGGCGGGCCCCCUCCACCACAGGCUGCGCCACCUCUGCCUGCGUACGCGCCGCGUCCGCCCUCCUACGGCCACGCCGGCGUCAACCCCUGGACCGGCACGUUCAAUGCAUGGCCCAUAACGAUGCGCCCAUCUGCUACACCUACGGCUGGUCUGCUCGGCCCUCGUCCUCCGCUUGGGCUCGCCGCGACAACCUACGGCGCCGGCCCGCCUACUGCACUUGUGCCACCGGCCGCCGCACCGGUCCCGUGGGACACCAGCGCCCUUCAGGCCGCCCUUCUCGCCAUGCAGCAGCAGCCCUACUCCGGUGGCGGUGACUGGAUCCUCGACACCGGUGCGUCGUCGCAUAUGGCAGGCAACCCCGGACCUUCGCACUGGGACGGUGGUGCUCCGAUGUAAUAGCGGCGGCGAUCUUUAUCAUCUCACCUCCGGCGCUACUGCUUCUCCCACUGCUUUUGUCGCCCUCACAGCCGAUUUAUGGCACCAAAGGCUUGGACAUCCCGGACGCGCUGCUUUAUCACAUGUUUUAGACAACCUUGAUUUCCAUUGUAAUAAAGCUACAUCUCAUACUUGCCAUGCCUGUCAGCUAGCCAAACAUGUACGCUUGCCUUUUAGUGAAUCCAAUAAUAUUGCGCCGUUCCCCUUC